CCCGGGAAGACGGAGGAAAAACAGGCGCGGCAGGAGAGGAGUGGAAACAGAGGGAACCGCGGCGGAGAAGAAGCGUCUGCAGAGCCCGAGACUGUUUGACAUGGAGCUUUACCUGGACCUGUUCUCCCAGCCCUGCCGCUCCGUCUUCAUGUUCGCUAAGGCGGUCGGGAUUCCCUUUGAGUUUAAGAUGGUCGACCUUUCUGCAGGUCAGCAGUUCACUGAGGAGUUUGGCAAAUUAAGCAUGAUUAGGAAGAUUCCUGUCAUGAAGGAUGGCAACUUCGUUCUGACUGAAAGCAUCGCGAUCCUGAAGUACAUGGCGCAGAAAUAUUCCUCGUCCGUGCCGGAUCACUGGUAUCCGGCCGACCUGCAGCAGCGAGCUCGUGUUAAUGAAUACCUGUCCUGGCAGCACAUGAACCUCCGAGCUCACGGGUCAAAGGUCUUCCUGUUCAGGACUCUGUAUCCUGUCAUGAUGGGCUCCGAGGCCCCGAAGGAGAAGAUCGACGCUGCUCUGGAGGAUCUGCAGCAGUCGCUCAACCUGCUGGAGGAGAACUUCCUGCAGAACAAACCGUUCAUCAUUGGAGACAAAAUCUCUCUGGCCGAUCUGGUGGCUGUCGUUGAGAUCAUGCAGCCUGUUGGAUCUGGCGUGGACGUGUUUGAAGGCCGGCCGAAGCUGAUCGCCUGGAGGGAUCGAGUGAAGAAAGAGUUUGGCGAGAAGUUGUUUGACGAGGCUCACGAUGCGAUCAUGAAGGCGAGCAGCCUGCCGCAGAAGCUGCAGAAAAACAAAGAUCUGGAGAUGAUCAAACCAAAGUAUCAGAGGCUUUUCAGAUGAGGAUGUUUCCUCUGUACUAACAGAGAGAACACGACACUGAUGUCAAACACAAUCUGGAUUUGUUUUGGAUUUGAUGGUUGUAUGAUUUCAGAUUAUCAUAUGGUGUUAGGAAGUGCUAAGAAAUCAUUUAACCUGUGUCAUGGGAAUCUUCUGUUCAAUAAAGCAGAGUCAACAGUC